UACAUAUAAAUUUUGUUUCUAUCUUUGCUAUGUGCAUGUUCUGUUUGUAGCAUACAUUAUCAUAUCUGUUAUGAUUAUAAAUUUUAUUAUAAUCUGUACGCGAUCCAUGAAACGUAUAUAUUAUUUUUUCCAUGUUUAGUACUGUUUUCAUGUAACUUUCAGAAUUGAAGCUCAAGAAUGGAUCGAUGAAUGAUAUAUUUUUGGUUAUAUAUAUCCUUGUUCGAUUCUCUAACUUUCAGUGCUCAAAUAUCUAAUAUUCCAUGGACGUUGUAUUAACGAUAGAUACUAGCUUACUGGAAAUGGAUAAUAAAAGAAUAAAUAUGUUUUUAUAAUAAUACCACUUGCCUGUCGUGAAAAAUUUGGAAAAAGGAUAGGGUCACUCAAAAUAAUUAGCCUCACGUCCCGAACAGUGUAGAUAAAUGAACGACAUGUCGAUUUCAACGGUUAAUAUACGAAAAACCAAAAACGAUUACGAGUGAUUUGUGGAAAGUGCUGAUUGCCGGUUGUGACUCGACCCACGAAUGCGUUUAACGCGUUGCAGCGCUACCGCCUUACUCUUCUUGCUGUUGCGCAACAAGAAGCGCGCAGCGUCUCAGUGUGUGCACAAAGGCACAAGUGCAUUCGUAACACGAUGUAUCGUUGAAGAAAGCUCAACUUUUCCGCGAGAUACGUUUUUUUCAUGAAGAUUCCGCGGAAGAAGUUUUACAUGAAUAAUCCUCUGCACGAAUAACUCUGUAACGGCGAAAACAACGACGGGUGAGCGAAAACUUUCGGGGAAACGUUACUUGGUUGACUCAAACAAAAUGGCGACGAUCGUCUUCUUGGCGGUACUGUUUACUUGACCGUGAACGUUAUGUUUCUCGCGAAGUGUGGCACGAGAGGUGUUGUGUUUUUAACUUUCUUACUAUCGAUUAGCAUCGGUUUAAUCACACAAUUUUAAUAAACUGCGUGACGUAUGUGGCCUUUGAAGUUUUCGUGAUCGUACCUCCAUAUCAUAGGUAAUAACGUGACAAAUGCGAACGACACGCACCGUGCAACACGUUUUUGCAAUUUGUCGUUCCUCACUUUUCUAAUUUUUCCUGAAUCUUUUUGGAGGGAUGUUAAAGAUUCGUAAUGUUCGACUUUCGUCGAUACCCGACCCGGCUUGUACUACGUAGGAGCGAGAUUUAAUUUCCAUGUAGCCAGGAGCGUGCCUAAUUAAUCGGAAACUUUGCCUAACCGUUCUGGUACACUCGAUGCCCAUUCGAACGUUGGUCUUCCCUUUCAAGGGCGCUCAUAACCUUUCUUUCUUCCGGAUACGUUCGACUCGGGACACGGGUUAAGAAACAAUGUCUAGUUCGUAUGUUAUCGAACCGCAGGAAAGCGGAUCGGACAAGAAGGACGACACAUUGAUUAUUGUAGUCAACGACGAUGGCACCAUAUCCGUUGACCAAGAAACCUUACAAAGUUUGAUCAUGAAUCAAUCCAAUGCAAAUGUCAGCGUAGUUAGAGUAGGCCAAGCCGAGACAGAUGCUGAAAAUGGUGAUAUCACAUUGACCGUAGACCCUCCUCCAUCUUUUACACCAGCUGCUAUAAAUCCUGGGAGCACAGCUCCAGAUGCUGGUACCUUUGUCGAUCCUUUCAUGGAAAUGGAUCCAGAGCAACUGGAAAGAUUGGAGACAGCUUUGCAAAGUGAAGAAGCAAAGCAAAUUCUUGGAGAAAAUGUUACAGCUAUGCUUGAUAUGUUAACAGUGGAGGAACAACAGAACUGUAUAAGGUACAGCGUCGAACUGGAUCAUUGCUAUACAAGCAGGACGUCGCCUUCCGAUCCAAAACCAAAGGAUCCCCUGCCCACUACUGAUUCACCCACUUCUGUUGACAAUGUGCAAUACGCGCGUCAACUUUCACCUGUUGAUGCAUCCAAUACCACGUCAGCUGUUGCCGAAGCUGAGAGUAUAGUUUCAACAAAGUCAAAAGUUACUCCAAAAACGAAUAAACCAGUGGGUCGCCCGCGAAAGAAUGUCACCCCGGGUUCCGUAACGGUACCCAAUAACUCAAGAUCAUCCGUCAAUAUAAUGAAUACACCUAAAUCUAUCGGACACCCAGCCUCGAGAAAUUUAACUGGAGCAUUACACCAAGGAAUUGGAAAACAUCAAGGAAGGUCCAACGACGAGGAUGAAGAGGAACCGUCGUCUUCGUCCACUGAAUCGUCUGAAUCGGAACCACCAUCCGACAAUGAUUCCGACUUUGGACCACGAGGCCCUAGAAGAGGUGGCAUUAGAGCUAGAGGUGGUAGAAAAGGUCUCACUACCAGAGGAGGUAGUAUGGCAGCUACUCGUAGGAGGGGUGCCAACAAACAAAUGGAUAUGGAGCAAGUCCGACGAUUAGACAUGGAAAUGGCUGCAGCCGUCAACGCUAUGAAAAGUCCGGAGAAAGAUGAAAAAUCGGGAGGAUUUAGUCUUGUUAGAGGUAAAAGACAGUAUGGAAGAACUAGCGUUGGGAGAAGAAAAGAAGAUCCGCAACGCGUCGAACCAUCUCCAGUCAUAAACGAGGACAUGCCGGUUGCGUUUGAGAAACCGCUCCAAACAACGAAUCAAGUCAAAGCGAAUUUGAUCAAUGCUAAUAUGAUCAAAGGCGAUAUGAUCCUCACGAAACCUGGACAAGGAAAGAACAACCAAAAGGUUACGUUUGUGCAAAAGCAAGUGCUUAUGAAACCGAACGACAUUAAAAGCAUGGGCUUGAAGAAGCAAGUGAUGCUUCCUAAAGGAAAAUUCUUGAGUCAAGCUGGAACCAAGUUCUUCGCGACUAAAGACGGCAAGUUGGUUCAAGUACCGAUAACUGCCAAAGCUAUAACUUCAAACGCUCCGGUUAGUCAAAUCAAGAGUCCGGUGCCCCAAGUUUCUCCAACGCAACAAUCUGUCGUUAUUCAAAAUCAAACAUCACAGAUACAACAGCAACAACAAUUAGUAAAAGUGGCUUCACCUGCUGCAGCUUCGAAAAUGAAACCUUGCGAUGUGAAAAAAGAAAAAAGGAAGUCCGACGGAUUGGAGGUUGUUGCAAAAACUGAAGUUGAUCCUGGAAGAGCAACGGAAGGCAAAGUUUUGGAUGAUUUCUUUACAGGUACGAAAAAACAUCAUCCAAAGAAAGAAACUCGUAAAGCACCAGCAUGCAUAGUGGAUAGUCUAGGACCUGCGCUUUUCUCGACUCCAGACAUCAUUCGCCGUGUCGGUUCGAACGGUGAUUCGAAAAUUCAAGAGAAUAUAGUGACAUCUCCGAUUGGCGCGUCACCAUCUACAGGCAUCGUAUCCCCGGGUACUUCUACAGCAGUGGCACAAUCGUUGUCGUCGUCAAUACCUUCAACGUUAUCGAGUCGUUCAGGUAUUACUGUGCCCACGUCUUCCGAGCGAGUUUCGCAUUCAGAGUCUCACAUAAUCACGGAAAAGAGGGAAAAUGAUGAUUCCUUAGUCAACGAAGAGGAAUGUAAACCGGUCGUAAAAGCUAAUGUACCAGAGGAGUUACAGUCUACUUUAGAAUCAGGCGGUAUAGAAGGCGAGGAACAGUUACUAGCUACAUUAGAAAUGGAAGCUAGUAAACACGAAGAGGAACUGCUGGCAGAAGCACUGUUGUUACAAGAAGAGCUCGGAGUUGAUUUGACCGAACAUACUGCACUUGUCGAACAAGGAGGUACUGUGGCAUCGGAAUCGUUGUCUUCGAGUAAUGCUGUUCCGUCUUUGCUCACAUCCGAGUCAGAACCCGCUAAACCAAUGGAUACCGUUACGCCAAUAAUCGUGACGACAACCAUGACGAGCACGACAACGGUUAUGGGAACUUCACCCGCAAUAACUACUAGGGAACCGGUAAAGAAGUGUUCGAAGGAGGAGAAGGAACCCAUUCAGAUUAUUCGUGGUGGACGAAUAAUUACGCUACCUCCUAUCGAGGCACCGGCUACUAGAAGUAAGCGGUUACAAGCAAAGGUUGAACCUGCACAAAAAACCUUCAAUACAGUGAAACGAAUGGACAAGUUCAGCAUGCAAGCGGUACAUCAAAGAUCGCCGCAUUCCGUCAAGGGUGAUACUCGUUUGACCGUCAUUCAUGGCGAAGAACAUGACAGCGAGGAAAUGAUGUUAGAAAUGAGGAACGAGGAAGAAGAGACCGAAAAGCACGAUGAAGUGGAGGAAGAUGAGGAUGAGGAAGACGACGAGGAGGAGGAUAAUUCGGAUUCAGAAGAUGAUCCCGACAGGCUUUGGUGUAUAUGUAAGCGGCCACAUAACAAUCGUUUUAUGAUUUGUUGCGAUGUUUGCGAAGAUUGGUUCCACGGAAAAUGCGUACAUGUUAGCAAAGCUAUGGGUCAACAAAUGGAAGAAAAGGGAAUAGAAUGGGUUUGUCCGAAUUGCUCGAAGAAGAAGGAUGAGGAAUUAAAAGCUAAGACCGUAUCUGGAAAGCAACGAAUUCAUUCUGACGCUUUAUCUGAGAAUUCCAUCCUUAUGAAAAAUCUUAGCUCCCCUAAUCAAACAGUUGCUAAAGAAACAUCGUCUUUGAUCUCUUCCGAUUAUGGCGGCGUUCAAUAUUCCAGCGGUAUGCAAUGCGUCGUUUGUAAAAAAGAAGCGAGGAAUUCCAGCAUAUACUGUUCCGAUGCUUGCAUACUCGCACACGCCCAAGAAACCCUAACCAAAGACAAACCAGUACCGGUACCAAUGCAAAGUCCGAAAGCAACAAAAGUAUCACCAUUUGACGCUGCCUCCAAGCUAAAGUCCGAAGCUAGAAUCAUAGUCUUUGAGAGAAAAACGGGAAAAGUGUUAUCUGGUGCCGAUGCUCCGACAAGAUCAAAUUUACGUAUGUGGUUAAAAGAAAAUCCUACAUUUGAGGUAGUUGGUGCAAAUAACCUUGGCUCGGUGCAAGUAGGAAAAACGAUUACGUCUAUUCACACACAAGUGCCAGGCAAACCAGGGAAAGCUACGAUACUGCCAACCGGGAAAGGACAAAAUGUUCCGAAGAUGACAUACACCAAAGUUCCAGGUUCCAAGCAAAUGAUUUUAACCGCAGGAAACAAGAAAUAUACGAUAAUCUCCAGUGGACAACAACAAUCUCCGCAACUACAACAAGUUCAACCACAACACACGAAAACGAUACAGGUGAAACAAACGUUAGUCUCUCAGACGGAUAAAAGUCCAUUGAUAAUGAAGAUAACAACACCAAAAUUGACCAAUCAGACACAAUUGAAACAACAGCCUUCAGCAUCGCCAAAACAAAUGCCGAAUGCGAAGAAGCAAGAGGUCAAACAAACGACUGUACAGGUGAAACAACAAAUAAAACCAAGUCCAACAAGAAAACCUGAAACCGAACCGAUCAGGGUGAAUAUACGAAAAACUUUGACGGAGUUGUUAUCAACUCGCAUAAAGGAAACCGAAGAUUUGAAACUGACCGACGAGGAAAUCGUUGAGUUAGCUUUCAAUAUCGAGUUGGAAUUGUACAAAUAUUUCAAAGAUACUGGUGCCAAGUAUAAAGCCAAGUAUAGAAGUCUCGUAUUCAACAUAAAGGACACCAAAAAUUUAACCUUAUUUCGAAAAAUUGCCGACAGAUCGUUGACACCCGACGCUGUAGUAAGACUAAGUCCCGAUGAAAUGGCGAGUCAGGAAUUGGCUGAAUGGCGAGAGAAAGAAACUAAGCACCAGUUGGAAAUGAUUAAGAAGAACGAGUUGGAUUUGAUGGCGCAGGCCAAAUCGAUCGUUGUCAAAACUCACAAAGGCGAGCAGAUUAUUGAGAACGAUGGCGCCAUUGAUCACGUUGAUCCCAAAACGCCCGUGCAAGAUAUCGUGACCGCUUUGAACAGCGCCGACAGCAUAUCCUCGACCGUCGACGAUGUGGAAAAGGAGAUGGAGAGAAUGAACGACGAAGAUAGAAGCUUCAGAGGAACCGAAGACGCGAAGAAGUUGAAGAGCAUCGACGAAAAGAGGAGGAAAGAUAAGGAAAAGGACAGGGGUCGAGAAAAAGAGAAAGGCGGCAAGGAUAAGGAAAGGGAGAAAGAGGUAGGUCGUUCGAGAGGGAGUGGUAGACGCGAGAGGAGCACCAGCAGAACUAAACACAAACACGGUAGGGACGACAGGGAACGUAGUAAGACAAGAGAAAAGAACAGAGAACAAAAAUCUCGGGACAAGGAAGGUAAGCGGGAAAGGGAAAGGGAUCGCGAGAAGGGGAAGGAUCGGGAAAAGGACCGAGACCGAUUGAGAACCGGGGAACGGGAAAAAUCGAAAGUACGAGAGAGGGGCAACAAAGAGAAGAGCAAGCAAAAAGACAAGGACCGAGAACGACACAGGUUUAGCGAGAAUAAUUCAAGGAAUCGCAGUAAUCUGUUUGACAUCGACAAAAGAGACGAUGAUUUGGAUAAGAAAGAAGAUCCGAUAGGCUCAGCGGGAGCAUCGUCAGAGAAAACGAUCGAGGAUCGACUAUGGCGUCACAUCGAGGACGAAGCCACCACGAACACCAUCGAUGGAAAUGAUUCCGAUGUGUCAGAUAGGGAACCCACUUCAACGGUGACGAUUAAAACGCCAGAUAUUAACGAGGAUAUCGAGAGAGAAAGGGAACAAGAACCGGUCACAGUUGAAAAAGACAUCCCGAAAGGAAGUUGGCAAACAGUUUGGAGAGGCUUCGUUAAUAUGGUGGAUGUUGCAAAAUUCUUUAUUACCGCGCAAGAAGUCAGCGGUCACGCAAGGGAUUUGAUGGACGAUUUGCCCGAUACGGUCGACGUUGUCGGCAGGAUAAGUCACGAGACCGUGUGGGACUACAUCUCAAAAAUGAAGAAAACUGGGUCAAAGGAGAUUCUAGUGAUUCGUCUUACAGCCGCUAACGACGAAGAGAAGAUUCCGUACAUAACUCUAUACAGUUAUUUGAACAGCAGAAGUCGUCUCGGUGUCGUUGGAAACGUUUCCAAAAAUAUCAAGGACUUUUACAUAAUGCCUUUCUCAAGUCAAAGCACAAUACCUCCGGUUCUGCUACCUUUGAUCGGUCCUGGUUUCGAAGAGCACAGACCGCAUCUACUUUUGGGAAUAAUCGUCCGUAACAAAAGAAAACGGUUCUCUGGUGUGACCUCGUCGUCUAUACCGAUGAAACUGGCUAAGAAAGACACCGAUAGAAGCUACACCCCGCCAUUAGUCGCCGCUUCGAAGGAUAAGGCCAGUAGUUCCAAUGUAACAACUAUGAUAACGGCUACGAUUACAUCUGCAGCGCCGCCAACAGCCGUGGCUUCUUCGUCGUCGUCGUCUUCGUCUUCGUCUUCGUCUUCUUCUUCCCCUGCCCCAACAAUAACCACCAGCGCGUAUCUCAAAGCUACGUCUGAUUCCGUGAAAGAGAAGCAACUUCCAGUCACGCAAACAACCCUCGACACUUUAAACAGAGCGCAUAUAGGAAUGUCGAGAGGCAGUCUACUCGAUACAGCUGCUAUAUGCAAAAUCGUUCCUGAAUUGUCUUCAAAGAUCGACCUCACUUCCUCGCCUGGCAAAGCACCUCUCGAUGACGACGGUGACGAGCCCUACAGCCCCGGCCAGAUGGACGAGGAACAGAUCGAUCUUGACCUGCGAACCUCUUCCUCGACUUGUUCGACAGCCACAGCGAUACCGUCGAUGUCAUCUAUAUCUAUGUCGAUGGCUAUCGACGGCACCGCGAUAGAUAACGGUAUUAUUUCUUCCAGUAAAAGCUCCAACGAUCUCCAACGGAAAAUGGAAGAACUAAACAGGCAAAUCGAAGAACAGAAGCAACAAAUACAAAGCAUUAGUUCGUCGUUUCUCGGUGAAUCAACGCCUACCUUGCCGGGCUUAGGGCUGGACCCCCCGGCUGGCGAUGAGAGCGAGGAAGCCUACAGUCCCCCGGACACAAGAUCGUUCACACCGCCGCCACCCCCGGGUAUUUCAAAAUUAACACAGCCAAUUCUCGACAAAGUAUCGAAUAUCACGAUACCAGCGAAUCUGCAAGAAAUUCUGGCGAACGUCAAGCGACAGGAGAGCUCUAAAGUGGACCCGUAUUUACCAUCCAAGCCCAGUGCCACGUUCUUAACCACCGUUAACUCUUCGAUUUACCAAAAUCCUGAAAAAUAUUCUUCACCGUCUCCGGUAAAACUUUCAGUUGGCGGCACGAGCAAGACCAAUCUCGAGAAAGCUUCGCUGGAUGCAAACAAUCAACGGGAGUCUCUGCCGAAGGAGAAAGAAAGCAAGAGUACUCUGAGCUCUCUGAGCGACAUGGACUUGAUCAGAAAAGCGGAGGAAGAAUUGGCCGCCGUCGCAGCUGCGUCGGCUGCAGUAGCAUCGUCAGGAAUCUCAGCGGUUGAAAAGCCGACUCAAACAGCAUUAGCCGCGACUCCAGUUCUUCCAACGAUAGUAGCAACUUCCUCCUCAGCGAUAAAACCAAUAUCCACGAAUCUCUCAGGUAUAGCUUCGGCGACAGACUCUUCCUACGAGGGAACCUCGUACAAGAGCUCUUUCCCGGACACCUUCAAGCGAAACCUAGCUCCAGAGCAGCCGAAACCCCCCGGUCUCGAGGACGAGGACUUCCCUCCAUUCCCAUCCACGCCGCCCAGCGUGGACAGCAACGCAUCGAAAACGAUGUCGCGUUCAAAGUUCGUUCCAAAGAGUGGGAUCGUAUUGAGCAUGAAACGGAAGGCUAGUGACGAUUCUAUUGCCGCUUCCGCUUCGAACAAAACAACAAGAGUUAAGUCCCGCUGGGGUCAAGGUCCCUCGGAUUCGGUCGACUAGCUUUUGCUUGAGGUGAAGGGAGAGUCAUCUUCCUCGGACGAUUGAAACUAUUACACGUGGUUUUUAUGGAUGGCUUGUACAGCCAGUUGUCGACACUUGUAUCUUAGACCAUCGCGACACAACCUGGCCAAACGUCGGUAGCCUAAUAUUUUUUCAAUCAGAAUUUGGUGAUUAAUCGAUUCGAAAGGAAUAGUUCUUUUCUUUUCGUACCAAACGAGAUAGCUUGGUAUUUUGCGUCUACUGUUAGGAUUGUUGGUGCGCAAGAAUCAACCCGUUUCACGUUGAUAUCCCGAAAACGUCACACAUAGAUCACUUGUACAUACCAAAGCGACGGAAAUGAACGCUCUUAAAUGCUCGUCGUGCUCUACGCUACGUGUACAUAGCCUUAUCGAAAAUUCUGUAAUAUAUUGUUUAAAUUCACUUGGAAAGUUAACAAAUUAUAUAAUACAGUGCGUGUGGGCGUUACGUGUGCAUGCUACCAGUGUAUAUAAGUUAGAUAUAAGGAUCUGCGAAUGACCAGUGUCGAUCAAACGAUGAUUUUAUUUCUCGAUUAACUAGGAUUUUCGUACAUUAAUUUCAGGAAUAUGCGAUUCAUACUACAGUUAACAACCUGCGAAAGUGGUAAACACAAUUUCUCCAACCUUUGUUUCGUUCUUUAAGUUUCGGAGAUUAAAUGUUCGUGCAAUGCUAUAAUCGUAAAUUCUUCGACACGAACCGUUAAUUCGCUUAAGCUAUUACGACAAUACAAACAAUGUUUAUUUCUCCAUUUUAACCAGAAAAUCCAACUAAGUACUGGAACUCAA